GUUUCUCUUCCGCGUAGCGUUGGACGCUACGAAACCCAACAAUAUGGCCUAGCCAAUCAAGGGCUAAGUAGGCUAGCAUGGCUAGCCUGGCUCCUUGCGCAAGGCAAGGCUUGGCCGCAAGCCCAGCUUGCAUCGCUCCCUUAACAAUUCGAAAGAUAGUAAAGAUAAACAAUUCGAAAGAUAGUAAAGAUAAAAAAAAAGAAAAAAAAAAAAAAAAAUCAAAUCUAAAUCAAAACUCCACUUAAAAAUAAUUCAAUAAAUUUAUCAAAAAGUCGGUAAACUCUAGUAGGGAAGAAAAACUCAAAACCCUCCCUUAUAAAUAGGACUUAAACAAUAUGAUUCAUUCAUUCCUUCACUAUCAUAAAUUCAUAAUACAAGAAUAACAAACCAAAAAAUUAAAAUAAAGAAAACAACCUAGCUAAACCAUAGCAAUGGCUACUGAUGAGGAGGAAAACAAGCCAACAUCGUCCCUCGAAAUCGACAAUUCGGCAACAGACAGAGCUCUAAUAGCAUCAGUAGAGAAGACAUUCGAGGGUACGGAGGUGCCAUCAUGGAAACAACAGUUAACAAUUCGUGCAUUCGUCGUAAGCUUCGUGUUGAGCAUUUUAUUUACAUUCAUUGUGAUGAAACUCAACCUUACUACUGGGAUUAUACCAUCACUCAAUGUUUCGGCUGGAUUGUUGGGUUUUUUCUUCGUCAAGACUUGGACAAAGUUGCUUGAGAAAUCUGGUUAUCUUAAACAACCUUUUACUCGUCAAGAGAAUACUGUUAUUCAGACUUGUGUUGUUGCCUCCUCCGGCAUCGCCUUCUCCGGUGGUGCUGGGAGUUAUGUACUUGGUAUGAGUAAAAGAGUUGCUGAGCUAGGUGACAAAGCCUUUUUACUAGACAUCAAGAAUCCUUCCUUAGGAUGGAUGACUGGCUUUCUCUUUGUUGUUAGCUUCAUCGGCCUUUUUUCUGUUGUUCCUCUCCGUAAGAUUAUGAUCGUCGACUUUAAACUUACUUACCCGAGUGGGACUGCUACCGCGCACCUUAUCAACAGCUUCCAUACUCCAGAGGGUGCUGUAUUAGCCAAGAAGAAGGUGAAGAUGUUAGGCAAAUUCUUCACUUUCAGCUUCUUUUGGAGCUUCUUCCAAUGGUUCUUUGCAGGAGGUGAUGAUUGCGGUUUUGCAAGUUUUCCAACUUUCGGUCUACAAGCCUAUAAACAGAAGUUUUACUUCGAUUUCUCUGCAACAUAUGUGGGUGUGGGGAUGAUAUGCCCGUAUCUUAUCAACAUAUCUAUACUACUCGGAGCGAUUUUAUCAUGGGGUGUCAUGUGGCCUCUCAUAGCAAAACAGAAAGGUCAUUGGUACGCCGCAGAUGCAGGGGACAGCAACCUUCAUGGCCUGCAGGGUUACAGGGUUUUUAUUGCCAUAGCAAUUAUCCUAGGAGAUGGACUUUAUAAUUUUGUCAAAGUUUUCGGGCGAUCAGUGAUAGCCUUGUACAAAGAGUACAAGAAAAAACAAUCAGGUGCAAUUAUUCCUUAUAGUGCACGCCCCACACCUGAAGUCUCCCCUGAAUCAUUUGAUGACCAACGAAGAACUCAGUAUUUUCUCCAGGACAGAAUUCCAAAUUGGGCUGCAGCAGCUGGCUAUGUUGCUAUUGCCGCGAUUGCUAUUGGUGUACUGCCACAGAUCAUCCAUCAGCUCAAUUGGUACCAUGUCUUAGUCCUGUAUAUUGUUGCACCCGUGUUAGCCUUCUGUAACGCGUAUGGUUGUGGGCUGACUGACUGGUCCUUGGCAUCUACUUACGGAAAGUUGGCAAUCUUCAUUAUUGGAGGGUGGGCUGGUGCUUCUCAUGGUGGGAUUGUUGCAGGGCUCGCGGCCUGUGGUGUUAUGAUGAACAUCGUCUCAACAGCAUCAGACCUUACUCAAGACUUUAAAACAGGUUACAUGACACUAGCUUCACCUCGAUCGAUGUUUGUGAGCCAAAUAGUAGGGACUGCAAUGGGCUGUGUAAUAUCUCCAAUUGUUUUCUGGAUUUUCUACAAUGCAUACCCUGAUCUUGGAUUGCCAGAGUCCAAAUAUCCUGCACCAUUCGCUGCUGUGUAUCGAAACAUAGCUCUUCUUGGAGUCGAGGGAGUCAGUACAUUGCCUAAGAACUGUCUCCUGUUAUGCAUAAUAUUCUUCAUCGUUGCCAUGGGAAUCAAUGGAGUUAAGGAUGUCGUAGGGGAGAAGUACUCGAGGUUUAUACCAAUUCCGAUGGCCAUGGCUAUACCUUUCUACCUCGGAGGCUACUUUGCUAUCGACAUGUGUGUUGGUAGCUUGAUACUCUUCGUGUGGGAGUACAGGAAUAAGGCUAAAGCUGAUGCAUUCGCGCCUGCAGUUGCCUCGGGUUUGAUUUGUGGUGAUGGAAUAUGGAGUUUGCCAAGUGCUAUACUUGCAUUGGCUGGUGUUAAUCCACCUAUUUGCAUGAAGUUCGUUAAAAGCUAGGUUGGAAGAAAGCUAAGGAUAUGAUUGACCAGAUAGAAAAGUUUAUUAUUUGUAUGUUUGAUUCCUAGUUAUAUCAACAGUAGAACCAUUUUAGUUAUUUUGAUCUUAUUGUAUGUAGUACAAAUGCAAU